UUUUUUUUUUUCUUUCAUUUUCUUUGAAGCUAAACAAGUAAUGUUGUCGAUGGGAGAUGAUAAUGUGAUGACUUCAAACAACAUGAGAUUUGCUUCGCAGUUGCUGCCGUCUUCUUCUUCUCCGGGAACAAUCCAAAACCCUAAUUUUAAUUUCAUCCCUUUCAACUCAUUUUCAUCCAUCAUCCCGAAGGAGGAGCAUGGGAUGAUGAGUAUGAUGAUGAUGAUGGGAGAUGGAACAGUAGAGGAAAUGAUGGAAAACGGGUCGGCAGGUGGGUCAUUCGGGUCGGGUAGUGAGCAAGCAGAAGAUCCAAAGUUUGGAAACGAAUCUGAUGUUAAUGAACUUCAAGACGAUGAACAACCUCCUCCUGCUAAGAAGAAACGUUACCACAGACACACUAAUCGUCAGAUCCAAGAAAUGGAAGCGUUGUUUAAAGAAAACCCUCAUCCAGACGACAAACAAAGAAAGAGAUUAAGUGCUGAACUUGGUCUCAAGCCUCGACAAGUCAAGUUUUGGUUCCAAAAUAGGCGUACCCAAAUGAAGGCACACCAAGACAGAACAGAGAAUGUGUUGUUAAGGGCAGAGAAUGAUAGCCUUAAGUCGGAGAAUUGCCAUCUUCAGGCGGAGCUACGGUGCCUUUCAUGUCCUUCUUGCGGCGGUCCUACCGUCCUCGGUGAAAUUCCGUUCAGUGAACUUCACAUUGAGAACUGUCGCCUCCGUGAAGAGCUUGAUCGUGUAUGCUCCAUUACUUCAAGAUACAAUGGUCGUCCGAUGCAAUCCAUGCCAUCAUCUCAGGCGUUGAUCACUCCUUCUCCUACGCUUCCACAUCAUCAACCUUCAUUGGAGCUAGACAUGAGCGUAUACGCAGGGAACUUUCCAGAACAAUCUUGUGCAGAUAUGAUGAUGCUUCCUCCACAAGAUACAACUUGUUUCUUCCCAGAUCAAACAGCCAACAACAACAACAUGUUACUUGCGGAUGAAGAAAAGGUUAUCGCUAUGGAAAUUGCUGUCUCUUGUGUCCAAGAACUGACUAAAAUGUGUGAGACAGAAGAGCCUUUAUGGAUUAAGAAGAAAUCAGACAAGAUAGGCGGCGAGGUUUUGUGUCUGAACGAGGAAGAGUACAUGAGGUUGUUCCCAUGGCCAGUGGAGAAUCCUAACAACAAAGGAGAUUUUGGUCGAGAAGCUUCAAAGGCUAAUGCAGUUGUUAUCAUGAACAGCAUAACGCUAGUUGACGCGUUUCUGAACGCUGAUAAAUGGUCAGAGAUGUUCUGUUCAAUCGUGGCUAGGGCGAAAACGGUUCAGAUCAUCUCAUCUGGAGUUUCUGGAGCUAGUGGCUCCCUUCUAUUGAUGUAUGCAGAGUUGCAGGUACUUUCUCCACUGGUUCCAACUAGAGAAGCUUAUUUCCUUCGGUAUGUGGAGCAAAAUGCGGAAACCGGAAAUUGGGCAAUCGUAGAUUUCCCAAUCGAUAGCUUCCAUGACCAAAUGCAGCCACCGAGUACUAAUACUCCUCAUGAGUAUAAGAGGAAACCUUCAGGCUGUAUCAUUCAAGACAUGCCUAAUGGAUACUCACAAGUCAAGUGGGUAGAGCAUGUUGAAGUUGACGAGAAGCAUUUGCACGAGACUUUUGCUGACUAUGUGAAAAGUGGAAUGGCCUUUGGAGCUAACCGUUGGCUCGACGUGUUGCAGAGACAGUGCGAGAGGAUCGCUAGUCUAAUGGCUAGAAACAUAACUGAUCUUGGAGUGAUCUCAUCCGCAGAAGCUAGGAGAAACAUAAUGAGGUUAUCACAGAGGAUGGUGAGAACAUUCUGUGUGAAUAUAAGCACUGCCUAUGGACAAUCUUGGACAGCUUUGUCUGAGACAACCAAAGAUACUGUAAGAAUCACAACGAGGAAAAUGUGUGAAGCUGGUCAGCCUACAGGAGUUGUUCUUUGUGCUGUCUCAACCACUUGGCUUCCAUUUUCUCACCAUCAAGUCUUUGAUCUUAUCCGUGAUCAACAUCACCAAUCUCUGCUUGAGGUUUUGUUCAAUGGGAACUCACCUCAUGAAGUUGCUCAUAUCGCAAAUGGUUCACAUCCUGGAAACUGUAUCUCUCUUCUUCGAAUCAAUGUAGCGAGCAAUUCAUGGCACAAUGUAGAGCUGAUGCUUCAAGAGAGCAGUAUCGAUAACUCCGGUAGCUUAAUCGUCUACUCCACCGUCGAUGUUGACUCAGUCCAACUAGCGAUGAACGGAGAAGAUUCUUCCAAUAUCCCGAUUCUACCCCUCGGAUUCUCCAUCGUCCCCGUGAAUCCUCCGGAGGGUGUUUCCGUCAAUUCGAAUUCUCCUCAGUCGUGUCUUCUCACCGUCGCGAUUCAGGUCUUGGCGAGCAACGUCCCAACAGCGAAACCGAAUCUCUCCACCGUCACCACCAUCAAUAACCAUCUCUGCGCCACUGUUAAUCAGAUCACCUCCGCCCUUACCAGCACCCUUACGCCGGCGGUUGCAUCUUCUGACGCCGUGUCCAAACAAGAAGUCAGUUAAUUGACCGAAUUACCCCUAAACCUCCUUACUUUUUCUAUCUCAGAGCGGUUUAGUGUCAGGGGCAAAAGAGGGAGGUUAAUAGGUAAUUCGGUUCUGCUCUUCGAGGGUGUUUUGGGUAAAUAACGUAGCGUCUAAAUGGAUAAGCCUUUUAGGUUGUUUUCAGUUUUAUAGUAAGGGGUAAAAUGGGAAAGUAAGUUUGUCUUUUUCUGUUUUUGUUGGUGGGAAGGUCAAAAUAGUAAUUAGAGGAAGUCAAGAGCGCACCAGGUUGGGUAAGUUGACCUUUUUUGUGCUUUUGAACCGAAUAAUCGGUUAAACCGGUAUUCGGUUUAAUAGAAAAGCGUUGCUGGUUCGGGUAUUGACUUUCUACUUUGGUUUGGUUUGACUCCUUUGAAAUAUUUUGGCUUAUUUGCAAUUAAUAUGCUACCUCCUUUAUACUUUGGUUUUUCGUAUUUAAUGCUUUGGUCUUUUUAUGUUUU